AUCCCAAGAUGCAUCGCGCAUAGCCAAUAAUGUCCCACUACUGGUCCCAAUGCUAUCUGGGAAACGUAGUCGAAGCUGCCUUAAAAAGAAACGGCCCAGUAGUCCUUGAGACUUCAUUCCCCAGCAACCUCAGCGUGUAACGUGCGCUAUGGAGCCGAAAGUAGCAGAGCUGAAGCAGAAGAUCGAGGACACGCUGUGUCCUUUUGGCUUCGAGGUUUACCCCUUCCAGGUGGCAUGGUACAAUGAACUCUUGCCUCCAGCCUUCCACCUACCCCUGUCAGGACCUACCCUGGCCUUCUUGGUACUCAGCACGCCUGCCAUGUUUGACCGGGCCCUCAAGCCCUUCUUGCAGAGCUGCCACCUCCAAAUGCUGACCGACCCAGUGGACCAAUGUGUGGCCUACCAUCUGAACCGUGUUAGAGAGAGCCUCCCAGAGCUACAGAUAGAAGUCAUUGCUGACUAUGAGGUACACCCCAACCGACGCCCCAAGAUCCUGGCCCAGACAGCAGCCCAUGUAGCAGGUGCUGCUUACUACUACCAACGAAAAGAUGUGGAGGCUGACCCGUGGGGAAACCAGCACAUAUCAGGUGUGUGCAUACACCCCCAAUUUGGGGGCUGGUUUGCCAUCCGAGGGGUUGUGCUGCUGCCAGGGAUAGAGGUACCAGAUCUGCCACCCAGAAAACCUCAUGACUGUGUACCUACAAGAGCUGACCGUAUCGCCCUACUCGAAGGCUUCAAUUUCCACUGGCGUGACUGGACUUACCGGGAUGCUGUGACACCCCAGGAGCGCUACUCAGAAGAGCAGAAGGCUUACUUCUCCACGCCACCUGCCCAACGACUGGCCCUGCUGGGCUUGGCUCAGCCCUCAGAGAAGCCUAGUUCUCCAUCCCCGGACUUUCCCUUUACCAUACAUACCGCCAAGACGCCUGGGAAUCCCAGCAGAGCCCGGAGCUGGCUUAGCCCCAGGGUCUCACCACCUGCAUCCCCUGGCCCUUGAUAGCUUUCUCCCAUGUCGACUCUGAUUUAUGGUGGUACCUGCUAGAACUUAAUUGGCUUUAGCAAAGUAAAGGUUUUGAGUA